UUAUUUCUGUUUCCCGGUAUCCGUUAGUGCUGGAAUUUGCGAUUAAUACUUUUCUCAUGCCGAAACCGGAUUAGAUACAUACCGAUAGUUAAAUGUCAAAAAUGAUUAUAUUUGCAAUGUCAUUAAACAACAACAACAUAAAUAGCUACUACAUUUUCGAAAUAUGAUUUUGUCAUCAGGAUUACUUCCACGUGCAACUGUCAGACGACAAGUAGGUGAGGCACUUCCGGGAGCUGAGCUAUGCUGGUGCCAUCCUUCGGGACAGCUGGGUCCUGACAGACGUUGGCAUCACCCCUAGCAGUGCCAUCUGCUGCCUGCUGAAGGUACCAGCCGAACACCUAGCUGUUUCUACCCGUGCUUGAAAAUGCAUAUCAAACGGGAGCCGGUGGUGCGUGUGUUCAGUGCCGUGACGGGGGAGACCCUCUCAGUCUCGGGCACUGUGUUUCUCCUGAGUACGUCUGUGGCCAGGCUCAUGACCCUGGUGUCCCAGCAGUGUGGGCUUCCCGUCAGCUCCUUCAGACUGAGCUCUCCCACCGGCCUGCAACUCUACGACUGCAACCGGCUGCACGACUACGCCAUUGACCUGGGGGCUACUCUACGGUUGGACACCUGGGAUGGGUGGGCGGAGUUCCUCAGAGGCUGCUUCCUGGGACACAGACUGACCGUCCAACGACACCUGUCUAGGGAGAGACCUGUGAUGAGGUUCCAGCUCCGGGUGGCACUCUACAUCGCUGCUUCUCUGGGCCACCUGGACCUGGCCGGCUGGCUGCUGGAGAGGGGGGUGCUUGUCAUUGAACCGGUGGGGGUUCACCCUUACCGUGAGUGGUGCCACCAGACGGCCCACCCCGACGUCACCAAGUGUCCCGCUGUCGCCUCCAUCGAGCGUGGCCAGCUCACCAUCCUCAAACUCUUUAUCGCCAGCAGCGUUCUGACCCUUGCCUGUCGGGAUCCCCAGGGUCGUGACCCCCUGAGGAUCGCCCUUCAGUACGGCCACAGGGAGUGUGUGAGUCACCUGGCCACCAAGCUGUGCUCUGUGGUGGUCCUCCCAGGUAUGGCCCUGCCCAUGCGGACAUACCUCCAGAUAAAGGGCUGGGUGAGGCUGGGGCAGAGGAGGACAGCAUCUAGGCACUGCAUCAGCCCCAACAGGGCUCCGUUCAGGACCAGGGUGGGCGACACGGUCCUGGUGGACGGCUUCACCCUCCCCAAGAUGUCCUCCAAGCCCAGGAGGAGUGAGGCCAAGGCCGGUAUCAGGGUGAUGUCCACAGCCUCUCGACGUUUGACCCCCAUCAACUGCCCAUCUCAUGUAUCCUGCCCGCUCCGCUCCCUGGCAUCCCAGGAUAAACCUCUUCAACUACCGAAGCUACACCCUGUGGCCACGAGGGAUGAAAGAGAGAAGAAGAGGGGAUGUGGAGGGAAGGGAUGUGAGGAGGAUGAGAGUGGGGAUCAGAACAGCAACCAAUUGAGGAGCAGAGUCCCGCUCCCGCCCAUUUCCAGAGACACCAAUCUCAGACCUGUGUUUGCCUCGCCAAACUCCGCCCAGAUACUCACCACCUCACUGGAGGCCUUUUCUCUCUCCACUGCGACCGCACACCCAGAGAAAACGCCAUAUACUGUUUGGCCUUGGCCAGGUUAGUCCAAGUUUAAAUGACAGCUACGGUGAAUAUGAAUAUUUCUCUGGAGGUUUCUUAUGGAAGGUGUGAAUACUGUCAGAAGAAGCCUCCUAUAAUCAGUGGUGGUGGGGACACAUGUAAAAGCUGUUUACACACUUUUUAUUUUAUUUUGUUCAAGCAUUUACCCACCUUUUGUGGAAGAUGCAUUGAAAGUAGAGGGAGCGUUACUUCUUUAAUCCUGAACGGCAAUCAGCAUUUACCAGUCAAUGGUUUUACCACUACAUCACUGCCUAUGAUAUACCCUUAUCCUCCCUGAAUAGAUUUCAGUACAAACAAAUCAUGAGCCAACCAUCAUGCUUAGAAGGUACAUAGUCAAAUCAACUCAAACUUUAAAUUUGUCACAUGCGCUGAAUACAACAAGUGU